CCUCAUCUGCAUAUAGACAAGCAAGAAAAACAAGAUAUUUUGUUUGAACAUUAAUACUUUUAGUAUUUUUAUUUAUUAUUGAGUAUCAUUGAAUAGAAACUGGAAAAUAAUUGAAAUAGCUUACCAAGUCUUGUUGGUUGCAUUUCUGAAAAUAUUGUUACUUUGUUGAUCUAAGUUAUGCCGAUUGUUCUUGAAGGAGCACUUUCAGCUUCCUUGGAUGCGUUAAGCGAAAAAAUUGCUUCUGCUACUAAGCUUGACGCUGAGCUGUUGAAAAGCCUAGAUGUAACACUCAUGAGACUUCAAUCUUUACUUCAUGAUGCUGAGAAGAAACAGAUCACCGAUCCUGCGGUCAAGGAUUGGUUGAACAAGUUGCAUGAUCUUGUCUAUGAAGCUGAAGAUUUGUUCGACGAAAUCAAUACUGAGGAUUCAAGGUACAAAGUUGAAGCUGAUAAGGUUCUUCAAAACUUUUCUUCUUUUUUUAAAAGGUUUAACAGAGAUGUCAAUUCUAAAUUGCGAAAGUUAAUUGAAAAACUGCAACAUUUGAGAAAUCAAAAUCCUGGAUUGAAAGAAGGUGAUUCCUACCGUGUUUGGAAUGUAACUCCUACAAAUUCUGUUGUGGGAGAUGAAUCUGCUAUUUAUGGCAGAGAUGAUGAAAUAAAGAAACUUAAAAAGCUUCUGAUGUCGGAGGAGGAUGGUGGAAGUAAAAUAGGAGUGAUUUCCAUUGUGGGUAUGGCAGGAUUAGGAAAAACAACAUUAGCUAAACUCCUUUACAACGACCAUGAUGUUAGAGACAAAUUUAAGUUGAGAGGUUGGACACAUAUUCCAGAAUUUCUUGAUGUUUUCACCGUCACUAAAACCAUUCUUGAGUGUCUCACGUCAAAAAGAAAUGCGACGGACGACCUCAAGAUUCUACAGCUGCAAUUGCAGCAAACUUUAAGCGAUACAAAGUUUUUGCUAGUGUUGGAUGAUAUAUCGUCUGCAAGAUAUGUUGAUUGGACUAUUCUAAAUGAUAUUUUUAAUCUUGGGAAUAUGGGGAGUAAGAUCAUCAUCACAACUCGAGAUGAAAGCUUUGCGCUAUCCAUGCAAAAUCCUCUCUAUGUCCACCAUUUAAGAUCUUUGGAAAUUGAAGAUAUCUGGUCUUUACUAGCAAGACAUGCAUUUGUAGGAGGAAACUACCAACAACAUUCUAAUCUAGAAAUGAUUGGUAGAGAAAUUGCCAAAAAAUGUGGUGGCUUACCAUUAGCUGCAGUAGAAUUGGGACGUAUUCUUCGACUCAAUUGGACACAAAAUUAUUGGAGUGAUGUAUUUAACAGUAGUAUUUGGGAGUUGCCAAAUGGUAUGGUACAACCAGCUCUGCUAUUGAGAUAUCAAUAUCUUCCAGGUCCUUUAAAAAGAUGUUUUGCUUAUUGUUCCAUUUUUCCAAAGAACUCAAUCUUAGAGAAAAAGAUGUUGGUUCAGUUAUGGAUUGCAGAAGGCUUUAUACCUUAUCCCAAAAGUGACAAAACUUGGGAAAAAUUAGCCGAAGAAUACUUUGAUGAACUAGUAUCUUGGUCUCUGAUACAUCAAUGCUCCAAUGAUAAUGACGGAAGAAACUUUGAAAUGCACGACCUCGCCCAAGAUUUGGCUACGACAGUUUCAUUUCCACAUUACAUUAGGUUGGAAAAACAUAAGCCGCAUAAAAAGGUGCUACAUUUGUCAUACAACAGAGCGGAAUACAAUAAAUUGGAUGAAUUGGAUGAAUUAAAAGGUCUACGAUCAUUUUUAGCCAUGCCAUUGCAAGAUUCACCGGUGUCUUAUUCAAUGCCGAAGAGGAUAUUUUUUGACUUAUUGUCGACAAAGACACACUUACACGUAUUGUCUCUUUCACACUACCAGAAUAUCACUAAGUUGCCCAACUCUAUUGGAAAUUUGAUAUACCUGCGAUACUUGAAUCUCUCUGGCACUCGGAUUAAAAGAUUGUCUUCUGAAAUGUGCAAGCUUUACAAUUUGCAGACGUUGUUGCUGUCAAAAUGUUUCGAACUCACUGAAUUGCCAAGGGACAUGGGGAAAUUGGUGAACCUACGCCACCUUGACAUCAGAGGCACUAAACUGAAGGAAAUGCCUGUACAGAUAUCCACACUAGAAAAUCUACAGACAUUGUCGGACUUUAUAGUCAGCGUGAAGGAUGUUGGAUUAAAGAUCGGAGAUCUGGGAAAAUAUCCUCAUCUAAGGGGAAACCUUUCCAUCUCACAACUUGAAAAUGUAACUGACCCAUCCCAUGCUUUUGAAGCAAAUUUGAUGUUUAAAAAAGAAAUUGACGAGUUGGAACUAGGAUGGUCUUACACAGCUCAUUCAAACUCACAAAUACAAAGUGUUGUAUUGGAACGACUGCGUCCGCCUACAAAUUUGAAGGGUCUUAUCAUCUCCGGAUAUGGUGGAGACAAAUUACCAAAUUGGUUGGGCGAUUCUAUAUUUGGCAACAUGGUGAGAUUGAGUAUCUCAGAGUGUAAAAAUUGUUCAGGGCUACCAUCGCUUGGGAAACUAAGCAAUCUAAAAGAACUCUUCAUUAGUAAGAUGCAAUCUGUAAAGAGUGUUGAUAUUGAGUUCUAUGGAAGUGGUUCUCCUUCUUUUCAACCAUUUCCCUCCUUGAAGACUCUGCACUUUAACCAUAUGGACGAGUGGGAGGAAUGGGAGCUGAUUGGAGGUUCAUCUCCAGAGUUUCCUAGCCUAACACACCUCUCAUUGGGAUAUUGUCCGAAACUCAAUGGAAACAUACCAUGCAACCUUCUUAAGCUUACUUAUCUGUCUGUGAAACUUUGUUCUGAACUCAGAGGGAUGACGCUCCACAACCUUCCUUCCCUUAUUGAACUUGAGUUAACCGAGUGUCCUCUACUGUUUGAGACAACUCCGCUAUUUGACAGCCAAUUGCCGAGUUGUCUCAAUUCUCUUCAAAAGAUGAUUUUAAAAAACAUUCCUUCUUUAACAUCCUUUCCGAAAGACGGUCUUCCCAAAACCUUACAUUCUCUCCAUAUUGAUUACUGUGAGAAUUUGGAGUUCCUUUCUCAUGAAUCUUUUCACAAUUACUCAUCACUCGAGCAUUUGACUAUAUCCAAUAGUUGUAAUCCAAUGACUUCAUUUACCUUGUGCCCUCUCCCAGUCCUCCAAAGUCUAUAUAUCGGUGGCUGCAAACAUUUAAAAUCCAUAUUAAUUGUAGAAGAUGUGUCACAACAGAAUCUCUUGUUUCUUAGAACCAUCACAGUAGAGUUUUGCAAUGAACUAGAGUCGGUUUCCCUAACUGGAUUUCCCAUUCCUAACCUCACUCAUUUAACUGUGCGUCAGUGUGAGAAGCUUUAUUCUCUACCAAGACCAAUGAACAGACUUGCUAGCCUUCAUACGUUAAAAAUUGAUGGCCUUCCAAAUCUGAAACAAGUUUCCAGAGAUGACUUGCCUCUCAGUUUAUGUGUACUUUAUGGAUAACAUUUUACAAUUUUCAACACUCUCUAGCUCAAGCCGUUGCGAGAGGAGGGAAAGUUCCCUUCUUCUCUUGAAGAACUGAAAAUCAGUUUGUGACUGUUAUUUGUGCGGAGGAAGCAAAGGAAUGAGUGGCGUAAGAUUGCUCACAUUCCCACCAUACUUAUCAAUUGAUCAUGUUCACAUAAGUAACAUGUCCCGGUGAGUCACUAAAAUAUUUCUUUCUGGAAAUGUUGUAUAUGUACAUAAAUGCAUGUCACAGUAGCAGUACACUAUUCUGAACUCGUUCAUGAAAGGAAUCAAUCCUAGGGGGAAGAACCAGAUAGCAUAAUAUAUGUUUGUUCUCCAGUGUUUCAUUGGAUAAAUUCUUGACAGUCCUGUAAUUUUUCCUGGAAGUCAUCAUGUCAUGGAGUAAUGUAGAGGAAUCGCAAAAUUACUGAUGAAUCAACCGGAGAAAUCUAGAGUACAUUUAUAUUGAAGGAGCAUAUGUGAUGCUUAUUUCAAGAAGUAUCCAUUGAAAAUUGAUUCAGAUUCUUGCGGGUUGAACCCGUCUACUUUCAAUGGCUAAUGUUUCUUCAAAUUCUGACAUUCUUGUUGUUUAUAUGGCACUGGUUUUGUGUGCAACUCAUAUUAUGGUCAGACACCACAUUCCAUGGAUUCUGUGAGGUCUUCCAUAUCUCACUUGUUUGAAAGCUAGUCAAUUGAUCCAAUGAGUACAUCAGUCAGCAUGUAGGAAAUCUCUCCAUUAGAAAAUGGAGUUUCUGAUCUUGGUACUGAGAAUACUACAUUUCCUAUUCUAAAAGCUUACAGAGCUAUAAAGGCUGGAGAAAAGGCGUCUCAAGAAAUCCUUGACUAGUGGAAGGAAAAUGGAUUUUCUAGACAUUUCAACUUAAAAGCCAAGUAUUUGACUCACUAUUCAAAAAUCAUAAAAUUGAGGUAGCUUGGGAGUCAUAAGUUAGUAUUAGAUCAAACUCAAAAUUCGACUGGGGUAGCUUCAGAAUUCGACAUACCCGUAAAUAUAUCAUCACUACAAUAAGAUAUAUUUAUGGAGUAGAUAUGUAUGUCAUGUAGUUAUCAUCAUACAUAAGAUAUACAUAUGUUAGUAUUCUAUAAAUAAGCUCCUCUCUCACAUGUUAAGAGAGAGGUUAGUUGUUAUUUUUCACUUGUAAUCAUUUAACUCUAAUUGAGAAAGUGAAUUGAAUAACUGUUAUAACCAA